GUCGUCGACCGGGGGAGUUGAUCUCUGCGUUCAUGGCGGCGAUAUCCGCCGUGGCCUUUGUAUCGCCGUCCCACAACUCUCCAUUCCUCCGGUUUCCAUUUUCUAACUUGGAGCGGAUACCUCCUGCGACGCCUACCCUUCACGACUCUUGUAAUUCCUGCAUCAACAACCCCUCUCCCUUCCGCAUCUCCAAGACGCCGCUGGGCCGGUGGUUCCACGCUUCUUCGUUGGCGAUGGAUAGGUCGAAUUCGGGUCGCCAUACUCAUGACGGUCGUGAAUCACAGCAUCUUUCUAACAAGAAGGUUUAUAGACGUCAUCGACAAAAUGUUGAUCUCCCACCUGUACUGCCAAAGAACAAAAAGAAACCCUUCCCUAUCCCAAUCCAGAAGAUGCUACAACUAUCUAGGCAAGAUAAGAAACUGGCGGAAAAGGGAAUUGAGAAACCUCUCAAGCCGCCCAAAAAUGGCUUACUGGUCCCUGAGCUUAUUCCUGUUGCUUAUGAGGUAUUGGACUACUGGAAGGUGUUGAUAAGAGGCCUCUCACAGUUGAUGAAUGUGGUUACAGUCUAUGGUUGUAGCAAAUGUCCUGAAGUCCAUGUUGGCCCAGUUGGCCACCAAAUUCAAGGUUGCCAUGGCACUGGAAGUGAGCAGCGGAGAAACUACCACAGCUGGGUCAAAGGUUCCAUCAAUGAUGUUCUCAUCCCUAUCGAAUCUUACCACCUCUUUGACCCCUUUGGAAGGCGCAUCAAGCAUGAGACUCGUUUCGACUAUGACAGAAUCCCAGCAGUUGUGGAGCUCUGUAUUCAGGCGGGAGCUGAUUUGCCCGAAUACCCUUCUCGUAGAAGGACAUCCCCUAUUCGAAUGCUGGGAAAAAAGGUGAUUGACCGGGGUGGAUAUAUGGAGGAACCAAAGCCACAGUGCCCAGAAGAUUACAUGUCACUCCUUGUAGAGCUGGACACCUACGGAGCCAAACUGGAGCAACCUCUGCUGCUGUCAGCAGAUAAAACAAGAAAACUUGCUGAAACAACUCUGAAAGCAUACAGCACAGUCAGACGCGGUGUGAGGCAGCUGAUGAAGGAAUAUUCAGUGAAGGCGUGCGGUUAUUGCUCUGAGGUUCAUGUAGGUCCAUGGGGUCACAAUGUCAAGCUUUGUGGAGCCUUCAAACACCAAUGGAGAGAUGGUAAGCACGGAUGGCAGGAUGCAACGUUGGAUGAGGUAAUCCCUCACAAUUACGUUUGGCACGUUUGUGAUCCGAAUGGUCCACCCUUGAGAACUGCUCUCAGAAGGUACUAUGGGAAGGCUCCAGCAGUAGUAGAAGUAUGUGUACAAGCAGGGGCAGAGAUUCCUGAGAGUUACAAGCCUAUGAUGAGGCUGGACAUCAUAGUUCCAGAUUCUGAAGAAGCUAGAUUGGUAGCAUAAUUUGUAUAUAUACAGGAUUCAAUCUCCUCUCUGCAUUAAUGUUUAAAUGACAUUCUAAUCUUCGUUUUGUCCACUAGAAUAUGUUUGAAGCUCAUGUUCUGAGAAGAUGACCAUAUAUGUAUGUAUUUUUUUUUUGUUUAAAUGAUAUUGCAUCAGCUUAUCUUAAUUAGCGGGCAAAAGCUGAUGCAUCGGCCUAAUAGGUA